AUGGCCCCUUCACGAGUCCAUCAACUCUCUGCUUUGUGCACACUCAUGACUUUUGAAAAUGUCUGGCACCGGCUAGAACGGCACUCCUUAACUGAGAGUCCUCAUCUGUCACUGUCGCUGGUGCUGUUUCUAAGUGGCUUGAUAUGUCUCGCCGUAAGCUAUCUCUUAAGAUGGCUUUCGGGGGCGGAUGGACAAUUCGAGUUCUACCUAAGUCGAGGCCACGCUCACCAUGGCCUGCCAGCAAGCUCGACUGUUCGUGCGACGGAAACGAAACAUGGCAUCCGUGUCCCUCCCAGACCAAAGCGCUAUUCAGUUCCAGUGGUGGUAGCAUGCAUCGCAAUGCGGCUGGAGGUUUUCCACUAUGUUAAUUGCAGCCAACAAUGUUCUGUUUUCGGCGUUGAGUCGUGGCUCAUCCUUGUACUUGUUGCCAACAAUAUUGUCACAUGGCAAGGCAGUUGGUCCACCACUCCUUUGUCUGAUGAAUUGGAAGAUCCAUGGCGGACUGUUCUCGAUGAUUUCCGCGAUUGGCUGUCUGGGCCAAGAACAGAGCAUUUGAUGUCUGUUAUCAGUGCCAUUUUUCUGUCAUACGGCACCUCCUUGACCUUGGAUCAGGCCACGAGGUCCACAUAUGUUUGCUUUGCUCCCUUGGACAGCCGACCACACAUCAUUUCCCUCCAAAUUUUGGGGCUUUUUCUUGACGCUGCGACUGUUUCAACAUUGUGGAGAGUACUUUGUUGGGCCGGGAACCUGGAAUCGCGGCUGCGGAUGUUAUCAAACGUACUACUGAUAUCGCCGUUGUCACUCUCCUUCGUAUGGGUAACCACCGGCAUUUUUACAGGAACUCGGUACUCGAGCAUUGCGUUUGGGCACUUAGACGCCUCCAGUUUUGUUUUCGACAGUUUUUCUUUUGCUGCUCUUGCUUUCAGUCUGGCUGUCUGGACGUGCGAUGCCACUAUUGAUACAUCGGCGGCUAUUAUCACAUCUUUUGUCGGCAUUUGGCAUGCUAGUGCAAAUAUCCUUAGCCCGGGAGAUUGGAUGCAUUCUUCCCGAUCAUCUGGCACUUUGCCGCUUUGGCUGACUUCUGCUGGCCUUGUUAUAUUCGUACACACAAACAACCUGCGCUACAUAUUGUUCAUUCGCCGCCCACUGUUUGUCUUACUCAUUACUCUACUCCUUAUCACCAGCAUCGUGUUUGCACUUGUCAAGCCAGACAACCAUUUUGAACCCCGCCACCCAAUCAGCGAUCUUAUAUACGAAGCUCAUACGGCGCAUACCCGCUGGUUAUUGCAUGCCGCCACGAGCAAGAGUGUCACGACAGCCGCCAGGGUUUACGAAGAGCGUCACGACGGAAGAGUUCCGCCGCCCAGAUUUGAUGAGUGGUUCCAAUACGCCUCGAAUACGACGGUCAUAGACGACUUCCGCAGAAUAGACAAGGAUUUGAGUGCGUUCUGGUCGUUGUCUCCUUCGACAUUGCGCAGGCGAGCCGAAUUAGCAACCUCAUACGCCGGGGUAGCAAGCAUAGUUGUGCGGGAUGGGCAAGUCACAAUCAGUGAACUUGACCGUGAAGAUGGUGGCAAAAGACUGGCACUAAGUGAACUGGCUGAUACGAUUAAGAAGUUCUCUAAACACUUACCUGACAUGGUAAUUCCCGUAAAUCUACAUCACGUCCCUAGAAUAAUUCCUUCGUGGACGGAUAAACAACAUCGGAGCCAAGCCCAUUUACACUCUAUGGCCCAGCUCGUAUCGGCAAGAACUGCAAGAUCCGCAAACUGGUCUGCUCUUGUGCCUAAAGAUUCCGGUUCGACCGAAACAAGAGACACCAGCAUCGAUCAGCGUACAUGGGCAAAUGACUUCCGGAAAAUUUACACUGAAGCGUGCCCCUCUGCAUCUCUCGUCAAGACAAGCCCACACUGGGACUUUGGCUCUUUUUGUUCGACUUGUGUGAAACCUCACUCUCGGGGCCAAUUGGUGGAUGACUGGGCAAAGUCAUUAGACGCAUGUGAACAGCCCGACCUCGGCCACCUUCACAGCUUUUUCAUGACGAAUCCGAGCCUGCCUCCAGUUCGUACCCUCAUGCCUCUUUUCAGCCCAUUCAAAAUAGAGGGGUUUUCUGAUAUUCUGUUCCCCCUGUCUACAUCGCGCAUGGACGAGCCUGAUUAUGGAGAGAUCUUCACGAAACGGAAAGACGCCUUGUUCUGGAGCGGCUCGAUUGGAAAUCAUGCGCUGAGCGAACAAGCAACUAGGGGAAACCACAAUCUGAGGCUGCUGCACCUGCUGAAAGAUGCCAACAUAAGAGACCGCGUCACAAUGGUUCUGCCUGUUCCUGGCUCGCAUGGCAAAUUCAAGUCGCAUUCGGUUCCUGUUGCAGAGGCAAAUCGUGACUUGUCCUUUCAGGUUGGCACAACUAAUGAUUCUGCAUGCAUCGGUAAAAACUGUCAUCUCCUCAAGCAGGUAUACGGCACAGAUGCACGGCCAAGAGAUCCUCUACAGCAUCGUUAUAUUCUCCUAACAGAUGAGGAUGACGGGCCUCCAAAGGCAACAGUCAGGAUGCUUGCAUCACAAAGCCUCCCGUUCAUUUCGACCAUUUUCCAGACCUGGUAUUCUGAUCGGCUCACGCCGUGGCUACACUUUGUGCCCGUGGAUUCGCGGUAUCAGGCCCUGCACACCACGCUUCUUUACUUUAGCGGAACAUCAUAUAGGGCCAAGAUGAACGGCAUCAAUACCUACAUCAUGGGCCGGUCUGACGAUGCAGAAUGGAUUGCACAGCAAGGGCAACGCUGGGUCCAGAGGGCGUUGCAAAGCAGAGACAUGGAGGUUUAUCUCUUUCGGCUGCUGCUAGAAUGGGGUAGACUGAUUGAUGAUCGGAGAGAUGAAAUAGGGUACCGCAGAGGCGCCAAUGGCGUGUACCAAAAUGACGCAUGGAUCCCACAGCAAUAG